AUCAAAAAAUAAUGAUUGAGCCUGAACUUACAGAUGUUACAGUGGGCAUCACAAAGAACUUUGUUUGUAGCGUCUACCAUUCCUGCCAGCAAGAGCCAACCAUCACAUGGAACUAUAAUAACAUGCAGAUCACAAGAAAGGAAAAAACAGGUUCAGGUUUAUAUCAGAUCAGCUACUCCAACAUUGCCUUUCUUGCAGCAAAAGAAGAUCAUGGAAAGAAGUUGAUAUGCACUGCAAAAUUUUCUGGAGGAGACAUUACAGCUUCUGUUAUUUUACAUGUAAAACGUGUUCUGCUCUAUGAUGCUUUGGGAUGGGAAGUGAGUAUGCCGAAAGAUAUUCACGGCCUCAAAGGUUCCUGUCUGGUCAUUCCAUGUUCUUUCAACUAUAAAUCAAACCCACCCAAAAACCCACGUAGAGUUGUGUGGUAUCAGCAGGACUCUAAAGGUAGUUUAGUUUAUGAUCCUUUGCAUUCAGACAAUGUCAUUGAGAAGUUCAGAGGAAAAACUGAUUUAUAUGGAAAGUCAGAUUUGGAUUGCAGUCUGCUGAUCAAAAACCUGGAAUCGUCUCACAAUGGAGAGAAAUUAUACACAAGGAUUGACCCUGAAAAUAUUGCAUGGCAAAACUAUGAAACUGAUGAUGCUACCUGUACAGUUCGUGUUGAUGCGACUCCACAGAAGCCCAGCAUCAGUGUUUAUGGAGGUGAAAGGACAGGUGACAAAGUCACUGUUGUAUGUUCAACUGUCCACACGUGUCCAUACAGCAAACCAACCAUCACUCUGAACGGUAUAGAAGGAUCUGACGAAAUAAAGGAUGAGUCUAUUAAAGACGGUCUGUUGAAAACCACUCUGACACGCACAGGUGUCGUAAAGGCAGAAAGCACCACUAUUGAGUGCUCAGUAACACAUCAUGGUAACAUAAGAGUGACAGAUACAGAGGUCAAGAGUUCUAAAUGUGUUCAUCAUAACGUAUCAAUUGAGCCUGAACUGGCAGAUGUUACAGUGGGCAUCGGAAAGAACUUUGUUUGUAGCGUCUACCAUUCCUGCCAGCAAGAGCCAACCAUCACAUGGAACUAUAAUAACAUGCAGAUCACAAGAAAGCAAAAAAGACAUUUGGGUUUAAAUUGGAUCAGCUACUCCAACAUUACUUUUCUGGCUGCAAAAAAAGAAGAUCAUGGGAAGAAGCUGAUUUGCACUGCUAAAUUUUCUGGAGGAGACAUUACAGCUUCUGUUAUUUUACAUGUAAAACGUGUUCUGCUCUAUGAUGCUUUGGGAUGGGAAGUGAGUAUGCCGAAAGAUAUUCACGGCCUCAAAGGUUCCUGUCUGGUCAUUCCAUGUUCUUUCAACUAUAAAUCAAACCCACCCAAAAACCCACGUAGAGUUGUGUGGUAUCAGCAGGACUCUAAAGGUAGUUUAGUUUAUGAUCCUUUGCAUCCAGACAAUGUCAUUGAGAAGUUCAGAGGAAAAACUGAUUUAUAUGGAGAAUCAGAUUUGGAUUGCAGUCUGCUGAUCAAAAACCUGGAAUCGUCUCACAAUGGAGAGAAAUUAUACACAAGGAUUGACCCUGAAAAUAUUGCGUGGCAAAACUAUGAAACUGAUGAUGCUACCUGUACAGUUCGUGUUGAUGCAACUCCACAGAAGCCCAGCAUCAGUGUUUACGGAGGUGAAAGGACAGGUGAUGCCAUCAUUGUAGCAUGUUCAGCUGUCCACACGUGUCCAUACAGCAGACCAAACAUCACUCUGAACGGUAUAGAAGGAUCUGACGAAAUAAAGGAAGAGUCUGUUAAAGACGGUCUGUUGAAAAUCACUCUGACACGCACAGGUGUUGUAAAGACAGAAAGCAUGACUAUUGAGUGCUCAGUAACACAUCAUGGUAACAUAAGAGUGACAGAUACCGAGGUCAAGAGUUCAAAAUGUGUUCAUCAUAACAUAUCAAUUGAGCCUGAACUGGCAGAUGUCACCGAGGGCGUCGCACAGAACUUCACUUGUACCAUCUACCAUUCCUGCCAGAAUGAGAAUCCAACCAUUACAUGGAACUAUGAGAAUAUGCAGGUCUCAUCGUGGAACAAAAAGCAUACCAAUCAGUUUCAGAUUGCAUUUUCCAACAUUACCUUUCUGGGUGCAAAAGAAGACCACGGGAAGAGACUGAUAUGCACUGCAACAUUUUCUGGAGGAAAUAUUGAAACUUAUGUUGUUUUGCGUGUACAAGAAUAUCAAAAACCAGUGGAUCAAAUCCUGAAUGAAACCUAUUUCCUAUACGUGGCAGACGUGAUACCCAAGAUCACUGCUUUGCCUCGUUCAUGUGUGGUAAUACCAUGCAGUUUCAAGACAGAUGAGGAAUAUACCACUGAACUUCGGGUUCUAUGGGUCACCAGAAAAGGUGGCUACAUGUUCCACACCGACCCAGUCGAUGUCUCAGACAACUUCAAAGGCCGCACAAGGCUCCUCGGAAACCCAGUUGAGCAGAACUGCACUGUGGAGAUGGAUAAUGUGCAAACUCAUGACAAUGGACCAUUCUGUUUUCAAGCAGAAAGAGAAAAAGAGAGAUACCGCUUCAACAACAGCUGUGUGUUCAUUAUUAUGCGGGCCCCCGACAAACCUGUAAUGUCAUCCCUCCCUGAAAACAUCGAGCCCGGGACACGCGUUGCUGUCAAAUGCUCAGUCAACCACACAUGCUCUUCUCACCCUCCUGAAAUCAUCUGGAGCGUCCCAACAGCCCAAGAAACUAUCAGCCACAAUCACAUGGGUGGAGGCGUCUGGGAAACAGUGUCUGCUGUGACCUUUAUUCCAACUGGAUAUGAAGAGAAAGAUGAAAUUGUCUGCACUGCCAAAUUUUGGGGCGGUAAAACACAGGAAAAUACUGCCUUCCUCAGCAUUCGAAGAUUGCAAAGGCUUAAAUUGGAGGAUGUUGGACUGUAUGCAAUAGUUCCCUCACUGGUGUUCAUCCUCAUUUGUGUGCUUGCUGGAGUCUUCAUAUGCAGGAGAUGGCACAGAAAGCCUCGUCAUGAUAUGCAAGGGUCACAUACACAUUCUGAACAGAGGAGAUCGUUUUGGAACAGAUUUUCAAGUCGUUUUAGUAUGCCUGAAGGAAGAGUAGCUUGGAGUAACAGAGGAAACAGGAGUGAUAUCGGGUAUACUGGAAAUGCUCCUGAAAGACCACCAAAGGCUGGAAAAAGGCAGAGCAUCUGGAGCCGAUUUUCUAGACACCAAUCACCCAGAACCAAUGCAAAUCUGAGAGCAGAAUACAAGGCAAACAACACAUGUAUAGUUUCAGGAAACAAGCCUUUCUCCAAACCUCAUAUGCCAUCACCGAAGAGUGAGCAAAAAUCCUACCGUGGUUAUGAUUCUAAUGCUGAUUUUAUAUAUGGAAAUGCCUGAUGAAAACUUUAUAUCAUCAGGGCCGUGCAAGUUCUCUUGAGUCUACAUCAUUUCUCCAUCCUGUUCACCUGUUCAAUAUUGUUUUAUAAAAGAAAGAUAACUAAAAGAUAAUGAAAACAAAGAAUCUUUUCACAUUAUGCUUAAGGAAGUGUUUCAUUUAAGAACUGUAAAUGCAUAAGUAGUCUUUUUUUAACUCUGUAGUUUGUAUUGACUAUAAUAUGCCUUUAUGCUUCACACAUUAAUCUGUAUGUUUUUUUUUUUUCUUUUUUUUGUGAAAUGCAUUGCUUAAAUUAAGCUUAUCCUCGAAAAUAAGGAAACAUACAUGUGGCUUGUGGCUUAAGUAUUUACACAAACAUAGUAUUUUUUGUGUCUCAAAAAUAAUUGCUUGGAAAUCUACACCAAGGAAAUGUUCAGACCGGGCAAAUAAAAUUACAUUUUUUUUAGUCUAUAAUAAAUUAAAUACCUGAUGAGAAUUAAAAGAAAGAAAGAACGAAUCCUGUAUUGCUCUAUAGGGACGAUGCUGAAAAAGUGUGAAUUAAAAACUAAAGUUUAUAUCA